AUGGUUUAUGCUUUCAAUGAUGGGGUACUACGGAGACCAUUAUGGCAGGACCUGAGGAGAAUUCAGGGGCAAGUGCUUAGCCCAUGGGCAAUUACGGGUGAUUUCAAUUGUGUAUUGGAAAGGGAGGAGAUAUUGGGGAGUCCAGUAACCAUCUCGGAUAUUAGGGAGUUUAAGCAGUGUGUCUUAGAUUGUGAUUUGAAUGACCUAAGAUCAUCAGGAGCCUUUUACACUUGGUGUAAUAAACAGUGUGAACAGAGAAGGGUCUAUAGUAGCAUUGAUAAAGUACUGGUGAAUCAUGAAUGGGUAGAUGAUCUGCCUGUAUCAGAAGUGCAUUUUAUAAACCCCGGAUUAUAUGACCACUCACCUGGCAUCAUAAGGUGGGAAGGAGGUUCUAAAGGGCAGUAUAGGUUCAGGUAUUUCAACAUGUGGAAACUGGACCCUGAAUUCAUGAAUAUUGUGCAGAAUGGGUGGAACACAAACAAGAAGGGCACUAAGAUGUUUGAGCUUGUAGGUAAGCUUAACAAGAUGAAAGGAAUAUUGAAAAGGCUGAACAAAGCAAAAUUUAGUGAAGUUGAGGUCAAAGCUGAACAAUAUAAGGCCAAACAGGAAGAUGCCCAGACUAGGCUACAGCUGAUUGAGGAGGAAAAGAUGCUAAAACAAGGAUGCCUGAAGUGGAACAAAGCCAAGGAGACGUUCCUAAGACAAAAAAUCAAGGUGAAUUGGCUUACUAUGAGAGAUCAGAAUACUAAAUUUUUCCAUGCUAUACAAAGCCAAAGAGAUGUUCCUUAG